AUGACAGAAGACAAGAAACAUGAUGUCAAAUUUGCCCAAAAAGCAGUUGUCUUUGAUGAGUUUAAAGUGGGUGUUGAAUUCUGCAAGCACAACAGAGAUGAGCUUCUUGGGGAACUUCCAAGUAACCAUCCUUGUGUGAAAGAAGGCAAUAUUUUCGAGAGAAUGAGUACGUACUUUAUUCUUCCUCUUUUAAAAGAUAUGCUAACUUGGGUCUUUGAGUUUCUUAGGAAUCUUGUAAACUUUGGCUACAUGGAGUGCCUUUACAUUCUGACCUUCUAUUUCUACCUUUCAAGUUAUAGCAUCUAUUCCGAGCAGUUUCACGGGAUGAAAAUGUUCAUGACAACUGCCAGUGAUAUUCUAUUAUACGUACCACUUAUUGCAGCCCAGAUUGUGCACACAUGGGAGAAUUCUGGGAAUAGUAUACUUCUACCUAUUCUCUACACUAUCAUAUGCUAUCUAAUUAUUCUCAUCCCAAGAUUUAUUUUAAUCAUGGUGGAGAACGUAAAAAACGGUCUUUGGACAUUUUCUGUGAGCACUGUUAAAACGGAAAAGCCCAUUUAUGGGAUAAUAUGCGCAUACACUGUAUUUCUUGCUGUGCCCAGUAUAUUAGCCAUAUAUUCAACAGGCUUUAAAAUGCUGCCUGAUUCAUUUACCAUGUUGGAGACAACGGAUUUGUAUAUUCGAGAGUGCAUUGCUGGCCUAAUUUCAUUCUUGAUCAUUCGGAUUAUAUUCCUGUAUUCAGAAUGCUUUAUGGACAGGACCCCGUAUAAGAAAAAGAAUCUACUCUCAUGCGAAGAGGAUGCUGCCAAACUAAGACGUGUUCUUCUUUUGUUUAUGGUUUACACCACCUUCUGCAUUGGUUCUAUUGCAUUCAUGUACACAUACUAUUCUUUCCAAAGAGCAGCCACUGACACAAAUAUUGUUGAAGACAUACGGUGCAUCAACUAUGCUGCCACUAGGGUUAUGAGUGAUCCUGUCUCAAUUGUUGCCUCUCUUGCAAAGAAGGGCUUCAAGGACUUCUGGUCUGGCAUUAAGAAUGUUGCUAGCAGCGCAUGGGAUUCAACCAAAAACAGUGUUUCUUAUGCACUGGGUUCAGUUGGUCGUUUAUUCACAAGAUUGGGUAAAGUUUAG